CUCACCGGCAUGACGGGCUCGCUCCGGUACAUGGCGCCCGAGGUUGCCCUCUCGCAGCCGUACAACCACAAGGCGGAGGUCUUCUCCUUCACCUCGCUGUUGUACCACAUGCUCUCGCGCCGCAAGCCCUUCGAGUUCAUGACGCCCUCGGUCUUCCUGCGCGAGGCGUGCCGCGGAGGCAACCGGCCUCCUCUCGGCAAGGCGUGGCCGGCCCAGCUGCGCGGGCUGGUAGCUGCGGGCUGGUCGGCCGAGCUGGCGGAGCGGCCCGAGUUCGAGGCCGUGGUCCGCGCCCUCGAGGCGAUGCCGAGGGAG